ACCGAACCUUACCUUUCUCAGCCAGAAGCGGACUGAGACAGCUGCGAGCGCCGGCCAACAGCAAGGCCGAGAGUGGGAUGCAAAUCAGCACGCUAGGGACCGUACACAAAGUACUCAGCAAGACUUACAGACCAUUAAGGGACCGGAGACAAUUUGGGAAUCCCACCCUUUAGCUCUUGCUACCUCGGAACUCAACAUGGAGACGAGGUUGCUCUCAACCUCUGUGAAGAGCUCCACGGGCUUCUUUCCCUCUCGGUGCUGGCAUUAAACAAAGGCUGCAUUCUGCACUGCGACAGUAUACACAGCGUACGUCAGUACCUGGCAGAAAAGAGGUAGAUAGCUAUCUACUCACCGACGGCUACUUAGUCUCCGGGGAGCACACCGUGGGAACUGAGACGAUCGUCAACUGGACUUUACGAGUAUAAAGUGUUUGGAGUCCUGGAAAGUUGCAUACCAUCUCUACUCGCAGACGUUUACAUGGACUUAGACUACAGGAAAAAAUGGGACCAGUACGUGAAAGAACUCUAUGAGAAGUCGUUUGACGGACAGAUGGUGGCGUACUGGGAAGUGAAGUACCCUUUCCCUCUGUCCAACAGAGAUUAUGUCUACACCCGCCAGCGGCGAGACCUGGAUGUGGACGGGAGGAAGAUCUACGUGGUCCUGGCCCAGAAUAUCUCUGUACCUCAGUUUCCGGAGAAGUCUGGGGUAAUCCGAGUGAAGCAGUACAAGCAGAGCCUGGCGAUCGAGAGCGAUGGCAAGAAGGGGAGCAGAGUUUUCAUGUACUACUUUGAUAACCCGGGUGGCCAAAUUCCGUCCUGGCUCAUUAACUGGGCAGCCAAGAAUGGAGUUCCAAGCUUUUUGAAAGACAUGGUGAAAGCGUGUCAGAACUACCACAAGAAAACCUAAGGAGGAGACCGGGACCCCGGCAUCCAUGAAAGACACCUCUGGAUGUGCUACACCAACUGAAGCUCGCCCUUCUGUUCCCACCUUCAAAGCGCUACACACCCCCAAGGCAUGCUUGCCUCUGUCCGGCUCCAUCACUGACUUCUUUCCCACUGGUCAUAGUCAGAGCCUACUACCUUCUUCCACUGUCGAAUGGGGGGUCCCAUACUUGUGUAUGUUUCAUUAGGAAAAUCCUUAGUGGGGAAAAAGAGCUAUUCUGUUGUGCCAUUUUUGGGGGGAUGAGUGAGAAGAGGAAGGGUGGCAAGAUAUAAGAGUGGCCCUUCCUGGAAAGCAGGCUCACUUCAGCAUUCUCUCUUGCAACUAGAAGUGGCUUUUGGUCCACAGUUGACCUUCUAGGUUCGAAUCCCACAGUGAUGCCUGUUCUCUUGAUGCCUCGCUGACUCAGGCUGGGAUUUGAGGUGACAAGCAAGUGUGGCUGUGUUUCUACUUGGGCAUGAUCAGUAGUUGCUGUGGUAUCAGACCACACUGAGGAGUGUCCCAGGCCUGACUGAGCACAUGCUGAGAUGAGCAAGGUUUCCUAAUUGUCAACAUCUGGAUCUUUUUCCUUUCCCAUAAUCCACUGAGAAAACGCUGUCUAUACCUCUUGAGCAGUGCAUUUCACUGCAAGCCCCAGGUUUCCGAGACAGCGUGUGUGUAGUACGCUGACUGUAUCUUACUAAAGUGACUUCCCCUUCUAGAGCGUUUGGAGAUGUUGAAGGGACAAUAAUGGUUUACAACGGAGUGAAAUUGACGUAGUGAUUUGGUGUGCUCUUCACCUUUUUCUCAGGAAUUCUACCUCUUCAGAACAGGGACUCUCAGAACCCUGCGUCUGAUCCUCAAUUUUUGUAGGAAAAUAGAUUCAGUGGCCAAGACACAGCCUUAAUGAUCUCAGGGAAAAGUUGUAGUCAAUCACUCUGUGCAAACCUUGACUAAAGGAUAUGGAAACUCAAGAUGCAAAGACAGAGGAAAGGAUCUGUUUGAGUGGGAUUUCUUAGAGUGUGUGUUCUUUCUGGGAAGAAAGUUGUGUUCCAUGAAUAAACACAGUGACUUAUGUU